CUAAACUCCGAUUGGGUUUUACUUUCUAGGUUUUUGCGGCUCGCCUUCGUGUACUUACGCCUCGAUGGGAGGCUCGCGCACGCAGGCGAACAAGGCUCACAAGAGUCGCUUCGCUUCAAAAUCUUCUCGUCAGCUCCACCGGACUUCCGGCACUGAUGGCAAACGUAUCGGGAAGCCAGAUUCUCACCGGGCCGCAGUGAAGGGGGCACGUGCUGCUCGGAUUCAGCGCAGCAAAAUGAUCCGUGACCAGAAAAGGGCCGCUUUGUUAAAGGAGAAAAGAUCCUCAACUGGAUCCUCAAGUCCACCUCGUGUUAUUGUCCUUUUUGACCUUUCCUCAUCCACAAAUUUGGGUAAAGUUGCAAGGGAUCUGUUGAUGCUAUCAUCAGGAGAAGAUACAUCACCUUUGUCAAACACUGUUGCUUCAUCAAUUUACAAAUUUAGGCUAACGGUCCUGGAAGCUCCACAUGGAGAUCUGUUAUCGUGCGUGGAAAUGGCAAAGAUAGCAGAUCUUAUUGCAUUUGUAGUGUCUGCAAAUUCAUUGGUUGAUGAAUAUGAAACAAGCAACCCGGUGGAUGCAUUUGGACAGCAAUGUCUUUCUGUCUUCAGAGCCAUUGGUUUACCAAGCACUGCUGUCUUAAUUAGGGAUCUUCCUUCAGACAUAAAACGAAAACAAGACUUCAAAAAGCUGUGCAUUUCUCAUCUUUCUUCUGAGUUGCCUGAGGAUUGUAAAUUUUAUCUGGCUGAUACUAGGGAUGAUUUGCAUAAGUUCAUGUGGCUUUUCAAGGAGCAAAGCCUUUCAUGCCCUCAUUGGAGGAAUCAAAGACCUUAUCUUAUGUCCCAAGAGACACUUCUAGAACCUGAUCACGAUAAUCCUGGAAUGUGCUCGUUGCUUCUGUCUGGUUAUGUGCGUGCUCACAGUCUUUCUGCUAACCAACUGGUUCAUGUUUCAGGCACUGGAGAUUUUCCGAUAGCGAAGAUUGAUAUCCUUAAGGAUCGAUUCCCUAUUAAUGAAAGGAAAAGUUCUAACUCAAUGGAUGCUGAUGAUAUGAAUAGUUCGCAGGUCAUACAGACUCUACUUCCAGAUCCUUUGAAGCAGGAACCUUUGGUUAUUGAAAAUGUACCCGACCCUCUUGCAGGUGAACAGACAUGGCCAACAGAAGCAGAGAUGGCUGAAGCCGAGACAAAUAACAAAGAGCGAAAGUUGGUUAGGAAGAAACUUCCUCGAGGCACUUCAGAUUACCAGGCUGCUUGGAUUGUGGAGGAUACUGAUGAUGACUCUAACCUUAGUGAAGAGGAUGAUGAUGGUAUGAUAAUAGCUGAACAUGGAGACCAAGCAGCUCAAGAAAAUUCUGAUCAUUCAGAUAUUGAUGAUCAUUUUGUCAGUGAAAAUUUUGAUGAUAAAACAAUUGGGGAUACUGAAAUGGCUGACGAUGAAAACAUGACAAAGGAACAGAUAGAAGCAGAGGUUAAGAAAAUUAAGGAAGCAUAUGCUGAUGAUCAAGAGUUUCCUGAUGAAGUAGAAACACCAAUUGAUGUCCCAGCUAAAAAGCGUUUUGCCAAAUAUAGAGGACUCAAGUCUUUUCGAACCUCUUCAUGGGAUCCAAAAGAAUCAUUACCCCCUGAAUAUUCAAGAAUUUUUGCUUUUGACAAUUUUGCUAAAACGCAAAAGAAUGUCCUUGCAAAGAUGCUUGAGGUAGAUGAAGGGAACACGAAUGAAUGUGCUCCUGUAGGAUCAUAUGUGAGAAUCUACUUGAAAAGUGUACCUUUGGAAGUGUCUGCUAGGCUAUGUUUACCCUUAAGGAAGGCACCUGUGCUUGUAUGUGGGCUUCUACAACAUGAAUCAAAGAUGUCCGUCCAGCACUUUAGCAUUAAGAAACACGACUCUUAUGAUGCUCCUAUACGGUCCAAAGAGAUGCUCAGUUUCCAUGUAGGGUUCCGUCAGUUCAAUGCAAGGCCUUUGUUUUCUUCUGACAAUUUGAAUUCUGAUAAGCACAAAAUGGAGAGAUUUCUACAUCCAGGACGUUACUCUAUGGCAUCUGUUUAUGCCCCUAUUAACUUUCCUCCCCUUCCAUUGGUAAUUCUGAAGACUCAAGAUGGAGAAGCUCCUGCUGUUGCUGCCCUUGGUUCACUAAAAUCAGUGGACCCAGAUAGGAUAAUCCUUAAGAAGAUUAUUUUAACUGGCUACCCGCAAAGAGUGUCAAAAUCUAAGUCCAUAGUGCGGUACAUGUUCCAUAAUCCUGAGGAUGUCAGAUGGUUCAAGCCACUAGAGGUAUGGACAAAAGGUGGUCGUCGAGGUAGAAUCAUGGAGACUGUUGGGACUCACGGCGCUAUGAAAUGUAUCUUCAAUGGCGUGAUUCAGCAGAAUGAUACCGUGUGCAUAAGCCUAUACAAACGCGUUUACCCCAAGUGGCCGGAGCAUUGCUACGCUUCGUAGGACAUCAAAUGCAGCAACAUGAGUAGGCUAAAUAUUCCCUCCCUUUACUGGGAUUAAACUUCCGGUUCAAAAGAAACCAAAGAAUGGGAAUCUACAUUCAAAUUAGCCAUUUCCUAAAUUUGUACAUUGUAUCAGCUUGUAGUUUUUCUCUUUGGUGCAUGAUGUAUCUGAUGCACCAUAUGAUUUUGGACGAGUUACUAGCUUUUUGCUGUGCUUCCUAUUUAUUCUAUCAUUUGUUUUCUUCAAAAUGUGAUAUUAUUGUUUACUGCAUUUACUGGUUCCAAGUUAUUUUUGAUAAUGAGGUUGGAUUUCUAGAAAAA